GAGAUCAGGAACUAUACUGUGGAGAGAAAGACGAUCCAAUACUGUUAUUUGAUCAUAUGGUCCUUAAAAAACAUUGGUAUUAUAUCCAUGAUUUUGAAACGGCGAGAAGCAUGGCUCCUGCCGUGUUUUUCUUGAAAUUAUUACUGCCCACUACAUGUAACAUCCCGAAACUGGGGCCGAGAAUAGUGAAGGAGGACUUGAAGUUACUGCCAAGACGCUGUGGAGCCUGCAGGAGGUAUGAUGGAACAAGAGACUGGACAGUGCGCAACUAUUCUACUUUAACAAACGCUCAGUAUCCCAAAUCACAACUUAAAACUCGUAUAAACAAAAAGCCUACGGUGGACAUCAUUCGAGUUGCAGAUGAGAGUAUCAGGGAGGGAAGAGCUCGUAUCACCCGUAUCAAUCAGCACUCUUUCAACCAGACUCUAGGUAACCUCCCAAAAGCUCCAGUAGAAACAACAGGAACUGCCAAAGUCUCUCACUCUGUGGAAGAAAGUGCUCUCUCUGAAAGCUUACUUGAAUUUAAUGAACAAAUUUCAAAUGAAAAAAUUAGGAAUUUAAUAAAUUCACAUGUAGAAAACAGCUGGACUAGUUACCCAAAUAUAAAUGAAGAAGUGAGAUGGGGCAGAGGCAUGACUCACACCUAUGAUGCUAGUUUCAUUGUAAAUGAUGUUAGUGACAGUGCAGAAAUAUUUGAAGGAAAUCCCAGUAACAUUAAUUUUGCUGAGGAACUUUUUAGGAAUGUUGCUCCAGCAGAGAAAAGAGAAUCAUUGGAUAAGAGUGAUAGUGAUUUGUCGCUUUUGUCUUCACCGCUCUCUGGCUUUGCUCAUGUAGAAAGCGUUCCCCUUCCAGAGACUACUAGUGAUGCAUCUGUUGGUGUGAGUCAGAGUUCACAACAAAAAGAUGACAAUAGUACCAAUGCAAAAUCGAAAAAGAAAGUUGUAUCCUCCAAAAAGAAAACCAAAGCUGCACCCACACCACAGAAAACCAAAAGUGCUUCUAAUAAGUUAAAAGUAGUUAAGGGUGCUACCUCCACCUUAAAAUCAAAACAAAAGCACCCAACAGUGAAGCAGCUUAGUGUUGAGCAGCCAUUGGUGGAGGAUAGCUUGAGUUGGGAAACAACUAUUGGUGAGAUUUCUACCCAGGUCUUAGAGGAGGAGAGUAUAAAAACCCAUGCAGCUGCCUCCAAAAAGUCACCAAAGUUAACAAAGAAACAAAAGAAAUUGCAGCGGGAGGAUGAAAACAAGAAACAUCUUAAAGAAGUCAGAAGAAGAGGGCGGGAAGCAAGUUUUAAUCAGUCACUUGCUGCUUACAUUAGUGUGUGUGUGAACAUGGGUAUGCUGAAUAGAGCCACUCACACACUUCUGUACUAUCGCCAGUGUGCCAAACACACUACCAAUAGCCACGCUAGCCAGAGGAUCUCCACUGUGCAACCUUACAAUUUUGUGCUUCAGGGCCAUGCAGAAAAGGGUAACUUCAGAAAAAUGGAAGAGCUUUUAAAGUGCCUUUUUGAGGAUCACAUCACACCUGAUGAAACUACGUAUGCAAUGUUACUCAACUGUCUUGGGCGACAACCAGAGUCUCCAGACAACACCAAGAGUAUAGAAGGAUGCUUGAAUACCAUGAAAAAAGCAGGCAUUGAUGUUCAGACUCUAUUUACAAAUGUUGAUUUUGUAAGCAAUGGAUUUGAAUGUGCCUUAAAGGCAGUUCGUCGCGUAUUACCAUCAUUUGAGCUACACCAAGAGAUGCCUCCUACUGUCUUCAGUUGUAAUCUUGUCAACAAAUUGAAUAAAAGUCUGCAUUCAACCAAGGUAUCAUCACCAGCCCAUGGUGUGGUUACCCUGGAGGAGCUUGCUGAGUGGGCAGAGGAACAGUUUAACAUGGAAGUGAAGAGUGAAUUGGUCAUCAAUAGUAUUGAAAAGAAAGAAGAGUCUGAGAAUGCUCACCACUAUAGGAAGAUGCUCGAGUUAUGGGAAGGAAGAUGGCGAAAAGUACUGCACAAUUCUUUUGUAACUCAGCUGAAUGUAUUGAAAAAAUCAUUCUUCUCAAAUCGACUAGAUAAGCGGAUGACGCUGUACCCAUACUUGGUAACCCUGCCACCCGAGGAGUUUGUCAACAUUAUGAUGCAGGAAAUAUACAGAUUAGCCCGUGGGUCCGACACCUUCUCUCUCACAAGAUAUACACUGUACCGCCGUCUUGGGGAAUUGGUAUAUAACCGCUACUUAGUGCAGUACAAGAAAGAUGCUGGGGUGCUGGACAAGCUCAAGAAUGUUUACCAAGAAUACCUUUCUUGGUAUCUUGACAAUGACAGGAAAGAUGGUGUGACGUAUGUUCCUCGUGUACGAUGGCAAGAAUUAGCAGAUUCUCGGGGAGGUGGUCCAAAUGUAGAACAUGGCCCAGUUGAUUGGCCCAACACAGUAUUGGUGUCUCUUGGCAAAUUCAUGUAUUCAAUGAUCUUCCUCAAAGUCUUGGUGUGGAACCCUCUUCAUUCUGAGAAACAUGCUUAUCCAGCCCUGUAUGAGGUUGAGAGAGCAAAAGGCUAUCGUGUGGUGGAUGAGAUAAAACCAUCACCGUCCCUGGUGGAGUUGUAUCAAAAAGCUGCUAAGCCAACACUCACCUUUGAAUCUGUAGUAUCACCUAUGGUGUGUCCACCGAUUCCCUGGGUCUCCACCAAAUUGGGAGGUUAUCUGCUCAAUAAUGCCAAAAUUGUUAGGUUACCAUAUAGUGCCCACCAGCAGAAGCAUCGGAUGGAGGAAUGUGGCAAACAACAGCUUUACCCUGUCAUGGAUUCUCUUAACCAGCUGAGCACCAUCCCAUGGACAGUCAACCAGCCCAUCCUGGAUAUUAUUAUUGAGCUGUUCAAUAACAAAGGGUGUGAGGAGCUGGACAUUCCACAGCCGCCUUCUGAAUGCCCACAGCCCAAGAAAGUCCAUCCUGGUAUGAGCAAAUCUGAAAUUUACAAAAUCCGCCGUCAACGCCUUGAAUACGAGCAAAAGAAGAAUGAGAUGCACUCACUGUGGUGUGACGCACUCUACAAACUUUCUCUUGCGAAUCAUUUUCGUGACCGAGUGUUUUGGUUUCCUCACAACAUGGACUUCCGAGGUCGUGUGUAUCCGUGUCCACCUCACCUCAACCAUCUGAGUUCGGAUGUUUUCCGUUCAGUCUUACAGUUUGCCCGAGGAGAGAAGCUGGGCCCAGAAGGUCUACGGUGGCUAAAGUUACACCUGAUUAACCUAACUGGUUUUGUGAAGAGAGAGUCUGUGGUAGACCGACUAAAAUAUUGUGAAGAGGUCAUGGACGAUAUCUUUGACUCAGCUGAUGAGCCUAUUACUGGCAAGCGAUGGUGGACCAAGAGUGAUGAACCCUGGCAGACAUUAGCAGCAUGCAAGGAGUUGGCAGCAGCCAUCCGAAGUGGUAACCCAGAAGAGUAUGUGUCUCAUCUUCCAAUUCAUCAGGAUGGUUCAUGUAAUGGUCUACAGCAUUAUGCUGCUCUAGGACGUGAUAAGAUUGGAGCUAUAUCUGUUAACUUGGCACCUAGCAAAGUACCUCAAGAUGUCUACUCAGCUGUGGCAGCAUUAGUAGAAGAUGAAAGAAUUAAAGAUGCCAAUGCUGGGCAGGAGAUUGCCCAAGUGCUAGAGGGGCACGUGAAGCGUAAGGUUAUAAAGCAGACGGUGAUGACCACAGUGUAUGGUGUAACAAGAUAUGGUGCUCGUCUUCAGAUAGAGAAGCAGCUAAAAGCCUUGGAUGACUUCCCUCAAGAGCACCGGUGGGCUGCCUCUCAUUACCUGGUCCACAAGACCUUCCUGUGCCUGGAGAAGAUGUUUACAGCAACUAAGGAAAUUCAGAAUUGGUUUACUGACUGUGCUAAGAUAGUAUCAGAGACUCGCGGUGAAAACCUUGAAUAUGUGACACCCUUGGGUUUACCGGUGGUCCAGCCAUACAGUAAAUUCAAGGGAGACCAAGUGUCUAUAACCAAACUGCCAGCAUCUUUUUGUAUGGAUUCCUUUAUGAAACCAAAUGUAAUGAAACAGAAGAAUGCAUUCCCUCCUAAUUUCAUCCAUUCCCUGGAUUCCACACACAUGAUGCUAACUUCUCUCAACUGCCAGAAAGCUGGCAUCACUUUUGUAUCGGUGCAUGAUUGCUUCUGGACCCACGCAUCCUCUGUUGACACCAUGAGCAAGAUUUGUCGGCAGCAAUUUGUUGCCUUGCAUAAGGAGCCCAUCCUUGAGGAUCUCUCCAAAUUCUUGCAAAAGACAUUUGGUUUAUCACACAGUGACUUUGCCCAUGAUGGCUCAGCCCUGGACUCAUCCAAGAUGAAGCUCAACAACGUAGUGUGUCAGGUUCCCACAAAAGGAGAGUUUGAUAUAACAAGUGUCCAUGAUAGCAUGUAUUUCUUCUCUUAGUGUUAUAUCUUUUAACUAAAAGUUAUCAUCCAACAUCAUUUUCAUGUUUUCUUGUGUGUUGUCAGGGAUAUCAUAACUCCUGAAGGCCGUAUGAUUUCUUUAAAUUCAAGUAAACAUAAAGGCACAUAAUGGCUUGAAUUUUUAGUUCUGUAAUGCUUCAUUUUAUGAUAUUAAAAUUAACAAAGAAACUAUAAAAAAUCUUAGCAAAUAAAACUAAAUUUAUAUUUAUUGCUAAUAGGUUGCUGGAGUAAUUUGCUAUAUAAAUAGUAGCAAAAAAAUUAUUCUUAAUUUUUUAGAAGUCUAUCCUAGAUGGUAUAUGCCGGUGAUUGUUGGACUUACUGCAUAGUUCCUGUGUGAAUUUUGAACAGCCAGUCAGAAAAUAGCAUUAGUAACUGGCAAACAUAUAAUAUAGUAUGUUCUCAGGGUAAAAAUCUAGGGUAUUACAAACAUUUCCAAACUAAGUUAUAGAAAGUUUUGAUGAUUCCAUUUCUGAAAGUUAAAGGUCAAGGAUCAGCUAUUUAAGAUUUAAGCCUAUAAAACCUACUUGUUUGUCUCAUCGCUCCAUUUUUGUUGUUUUUCUUACAUAAAAGACUGUAAAGGAUGAGUUCAGUCGUUUGUAAAUCUUUUCAGGGGUAAUCUCGUAGGGUGUGUCCUCUGUUCUUUAUGCAUUCAACCCCCCCCCCCCUGUGCAACAGUGUCUGUAGUUCAGUAGUGUUCCCUGAUAUCCUCUGUUUUUAACUUCAUUUCCUACUCACCUAGGUCUCCUUUUCAACAGUGUUCCUGGCAGUUGUUAAGGUCAUCAUCAUCAUCAUUUUUACAUUUUAAUACAUUUCACAUUGUGGUUAUAUUUAGCCACUUUGCUCUUUUGAUAGCUAUAGCACCAUGCAGAAUUCUUUUGUGUAAAACUUCCAAGUGUUGCUCUUGGGAUGGGUUUCUGGCAGUACAGUACGGUAUGAGCCAUAUGCUGUCACUGAGGUACAUAAGAAAAUUCUGCUUGUUUAAAAUUUAAUGCAGAGAUAAUUUUGUUUAUAUAAAUGUAUAAAAUGUAUAUAUUGUAUGUAAAUAGUUGUUAAAAGUUAAGCUAUUGUUUGCAAUAGCAAAUAGAAAAAAAAUUCAAAGUUAAAUUAUUUUCAAUAAUACACUUAUAUAAAAAUAAAAAACCCUGAAUUGUAUUAUGUCCAUUGUUAGUGGUAGUGAAAUUACUUUUUAAUUUGGAAAACAAUUUAUAUUCCCCUUUUUAUACAGUGUGUGUGCAGUAUAUAGCGGCCCCCCAAAAUUUGUGGGGGUUAGGUUCUCAAAAUGUAUGUAUGUACAAUAUAUAUUUUUUUUUUCCAUGUUAGAAUAAUAAAUUUGUGAAGGAAGACUAGUAGAGGUUAGUUUAUAAUUUUGUAGAAAAGUUGCAUUAAGUACAGUAAUACACUGAUGGUUGCCUCAGCCUUUAGUAAGUGGUGCUAAAAGCUUCCUUUGUGUUAUGAAGUAAAGUAACUCUAGUCAAAGCAGGUGUUUGGUAUUACAAUAUGUAAAUAUUUUGAUAUUUGUUUACAGAAUGGGUUAUAUUUGUUCUACCAACAUAAACUGAAAACUACC